AUGGUUUCCUCACUUCUUUCCGCCGCCCUUCUCCUCAAUGGAGUUGCGGCUUUCCCUCACAUCGCCCAGAUGGUCAAGGAGAGGGAGAUCGCAGAGCGUAUCCCAGCCCUAGCUCCCUUCCCAGAGUUCCCCGGUGCUCCUCAGCACGCCCUCUACAACAAGUUCGACGCAGAGGCACAGCGCCUUGAUGUGUCCGGAGAGCAUGAGUUCAGAGUACCUGGCGAGAACGAUAUUCGUGGUCCUUGCGCCGGUCUCAACGCUGCCGCGAACCACGGCUACAUUCCUCGCUCAGGAAUCAUGACUGCUGAGGCUAUCAACACCGGACUGUGGGAAGCCUUCAGCCUCGACAAGACCGCGACCAUUUUCCUACAGACCGCUACCAUGUUCUUUGACGGAGACCCAAUCUCCAGUCAGUGGGCAAUCGGCCGUCCUAAGGACUCCAACCUCAACUCGCUCGGCCCUCUUGGAGCCCUUCUCGGAUCCGCAAGCGGUAUCUGUGGAGGAGCUGCUCACUUGAAGACCGAGGGUGAUGCAUCGAUCACUCGUGGUGAUUACUUGGGUGUUGACGGCAUGAACUCCAAUUGCCGCAGUUACCCCAAGUUCCUCCGGGAGCUGUUCGACCUUGCCGACCAGAAGGCCAACGGCAUGAUCACUCCUCAGGUGCUUGCUGAGCACCAGUACAACCGCAAGCAGUACUCCAUCGCCACCAACCCCAACUACUACAGCCCUGCCUACGCUGGUGUUGCAUUCACCUUCGGAGCUCACAUGUUCGCAUAUGAGMUGUUGGCCAACCACUCUGCCGAGUACCCACGUGGUUUCAUGACCCAGGAGCUUUUCAAGUCCAUGUGGUCUUACACCGACGGACCAAAUGGCGAGCUCAUCUUCACCCCUGGACAAGAGCGCAUCCCUGAGAACUGGUACCGCCGCGCACGUGACGAUGCUUGGACCCUCACCGACAUCCUCAUCUCCACCGGCCAGCAGUGCGCUUCCUACCCAUCCAACUGCCAAGUUGGAGGAAACACCGGUGAGGUCAACUCCUUCAGCGGAGUCAACCUUGGCGACAUCUCCGGCGGCCUCGUCAAUAGUGCCACCGAUCUCUCCGACCCAGACCGUCUCGGCUGCUUCAUCUCCCAGAUGAUCCAGGCCGACGCACCAUCCGUCCUCUCCAAUGUUGCCAGCGGCGCAGUCCUCACUCAGCUCAUGGGUCUCAUCGACACCAUGCUUGUGCCAGCGCUUGCACCUCUCACCGCUGGUGGCAAGUGCCCUAACCUUCCCAAGGGAAAGAGUGUUGCUCAGUAUGGCAAGCCUUACCCAGGUGCCAUCUCCAAGGAUGACCACCCUACUCGCAAGUUCUAG